AUGGAAAACCAAUCCAGCAUCUCUGAAUUUUUCCUCCGGGGAAUAUCCAAGUCGCCAGAGCAGCAGCAGUUCCUCUUUGGAAUUUUCCUGUGUAUGUACCUCGUCACCUUGACUGGGAAUGUGCUCAUCAUCCUGGCCAUUGCCUCUGACCCACACCUCCACACUCCCAUGUACUUUUUUUUGGCCAACCUGUCUUUUGUUGACAUGGGUUUAACAUCCUCUACCAUUACCAAGAUGCUGGUGAAUGUACAGACGCGACAUCGCACCAUCUCCUAUGCUGGUUGCCUCUCACAAAUGUAUUUCUUUUUGAUGUUUGGUGAUCUGGACAGCUUCUUCCUGGCUGCCAUGGCGUAUGACCGCUACGUGGCCAUCUGUCGCCCUCUGUACUACUCCACAGUCAUGAGCCCCCGCGUCUGUGCCCUGCUGCUCGCCGUGUGCUGGGUCCUUACCAACGCGGUUGCCCUGACUCACACCCUCCUCAUGGCCCGGCUGUCCUUAUGUGUCGCUGGGGAAAUCGCUCACUUUUUCUGUGACAUCCUUCCUGUUCUGAAGCUGUCCUGUUCUGACACCCACAUUAACGAGUUUAUGGUUUUUGCCUUAGGAGGCACAGUGCUCAUCGUCCCCUUUCUGUGCAUUGUCAUCUCCUAUGUCCACAUCAUUUCUGCUCUCCUGAGGGUCCGAGCCCCGGGUGGGAGGGGCAAGGCCUUCUCCACCUGCAGUUCCCAUCUCUGUGUUGUGUGUAUGUUCUAUGGGACCCUCUUUAGUGCCUACCUGUGUCCCCCCUCUGUUGCCUCUGAAGAGAAGGACAUUGCAGCAGCUGCGAUGUACACCUUAGUGACUCCCAUGUUGAACACCUUCAUCUACAGCCUAAGGAACAAGGACAUGCAGGGGGGCCUAAAGAGGCUCCUCAGUCGCAGGAGAAUUUUUUCCUCUUAGAUACGGUGAUAGCAACAUUUAAUGA